CAGCCAUUGUCUUCUUUUCCUCGACUGGCUGUUGAAAUGAUGCUUGCUACAAAGUGAAAAGUUUUGAUGUUUUGAUGUUUUGAUGUUGUGAUGUUUUGAUGUUGUGAUGUUGUGAUGUUGUGAUAUCUUGGUGUUUGGGUUUUUCACUGAUUUCUCGUGCCGGCUCGCUCUUCGCUUUGAGAGGCCUCGGCCACUUCCGCAACUACCAAAGAACGCUGAAUAUCAGCAAAUUGGUAGGCAAAAUGCGCCCAUUUGGUACUCGUUUGCUUAGAAGCCAAGUGCUACAGAGCUUUGUGAGAUGCUCAGGUACACAUUUCCCUGUCAGAUGUGCUUCUACGUACCGUAAGCACCUUGUGUUGAGUGGAAAGCCACAGUGGGCCUUCAACAUUAGAACCUACUCCUCCACCACUGAUGGGCAUGAAGUUCCACAGGAGAUUGAUUCUAUGAGUAUCAAUGAGUACCAUCACUUUGCUGAUGAGUUCAUGGAAGGGUUGCUGGAUCAACUGGAGCUUCUUGGUGAAGAGUAUCCCCAGAUUGACGUUGAGUACUCACAAGGCGUGAUGACGCUGGAGAUUGAGCCUCUUGGGACCUACGUCAUCAAUAAGCAGCCUCCGAACAAGCAGAUAUGGAUCUCGUCUCCCGAGUCUGGACCAGAUAGAUUCGACAAGAUUGGUGGUGAAUGGAUCUCGCUCAGAACCGGUGAGAACUUGGCUACGCUGCUGGGUCGGGAAGUUGGAGAAACACUUGGUGAGGUUGUUCAAUUCGAGUCAUGAAGCUUUGUAAUUAACUCUAUAUAUAGAACUAUUUAUUUGGGUCUUGUUGUAGUUUUCCUGCUGUCUCUGUCUCUGUCUCUGUCUCUGUCUCUGUCUCUAUCUCUGUCUCUGUCUCUGUCUCUGUCUCUGUCUCUGUCUCUCCCUAUGUCCAUGUCUCUCCCUAUGACUACGUCUAUUCCCACUCUCUUGUCUCUUCAUCAGCAGCAGAGGAUCCUCGAACUCAUCUUCUUUAACGUCCCGUUCCUCCUC